AUGUCUUCAAAACGAACUCAGGAUUCUGUCGACUCCGGCGCGAGCGGGUCUGAGGGUGCCGAGCCAGCUUCGAAGAAAAGGCGACGUACCUCCGAUUCAGAAACCGACACACAAUCCGAUGACGGUGAAAAUGGCUCUCGCUCCUCUUCUCCUGCCGAAGAUGAAACACUAGAUGAUGAGGAGCUCUUGCUUCGUCAAACCCAAAUCCUCCAGGAAAAAUAUGCCAAUAUUGUUGAUGAAGCCAACAUUCCUGCCGAGCAUGGAAUUCUAGAAAGUGUGGACUGCUACAACUUCAUGUGCCAUGAUCACUUCUCCGUGGAGCUUGGACCGUUGAUCAAUUUUAUUGUUGGCAAAAAUGGCAGUGGUAAAAGUGCGAUCUUGACAGCACUUACCCUUUGUCUAGGAGGCAAGGCAUCUGCAACAAAUAGAGGACAAAGUCUGAAAAAUUUCAUCAAAGAAGGCAAAGAGAACUCGAAUAUUGUUGUGCGGAUUAAAAACCAAGGAGACGGCGCUUACCUUCCCGAUGAUUUUGGAAAGUCUAUUAUUGUCGAACGCUACUUCUCAAGAAGUGGCUCAAGUGGUUUCAAAAUCAAGGCAGCUAAUGGACGUACUAUCUCAACCAAAAAAUCCGACUUGGAUUCCAUUACUGACUACUUUUCCCUCCAAAUUGACAACCCCAUGAAUGUCCUUUCACAAGACAUGGCACGUCAAUUCCUGAGCUCAUCCACUCCUGCGGACAAGUACAGGUUUUUUGUGAAAGGUGUUCAGCUGGAGCAAUUAGAUCAAGACUACCGUCUGAUUGAGGAGUCUGUUGAUCAAAUUGAGGAAAAGCUGAGAAACAAAGCUGAAGAUAUCCGUACCUUGGAAUCGCGAAAAGAUGCAGCAAAGAAGAAAUUGGAACUUUCCGAUAAACAAGAUUCUCUGAGAGAUCGUAUCCGGAACCUACGAAGUCAAAUGGCCUGGGCUCAGGUUGAAGAACAAGAGAGGACUAGGGAUUCCCUUGGUGAAGAGCUUACCAAGGCCAAUGAGUCAAUCGCUAAUGCCGAAGCUGACAUGGAUCAAUUCAAUGCUAGACUCCAGGCCGCAGAAGCUGAACAUGACACAGCUUCGGAGCAUGCCUUGCAAGCCGACAGGGAUCGAGAGAAGGGUAAUAUGGACAAAGAUAAGGCCCAAGAAGAGUUGGCUGAAAUGAUGGCCAAACGCCACGAGCUUUCUGUACAUAUCCCCCUUCCCCCCCCCCCCAUCACCACAUUCAAGUUGGCUGACACUUUACAGACUGAACAACGCACUGUCAGAGAUCACUUCAAACUCGUGGAAGAAAAAGUCUCCCAGCAACAGAAAAAAAUUGAUGCCGAGAUUCAACGUCUAGCCGAAGUGAGCGACGGGGCCUAUGCUCGGAGACAAGAAGAAUAUGACCAGGCUACGCAACGUGCUACUGCCGCUCGUGCUGAAGAAGAGGAGCAUCGCGAAGGAGAAGGUAUCCUGCGCGAAGAGAUCCAGAAAGCCGACAGAGAAGUCCAGUCAGUGCAAAAACUAGUUGAUGCCAAGAAAAAAGAUAUCGAGGAUGUACAAAACCGCCUUCGGACUCUUCAGAAAGAAGACGGCCAGAGGAAAUCUGGUUUCCAUGACAAAAUGCCCCAACUUGUCCGGGCUAUUCAGCAAGAAACUUCCUUCACCACACCUCCCGUUGGCCCAGUUGGAAACUACAUCACCUUGCUCAAGCCAAAGUGGUCAUCCAUUCUCGAAAAUGCAUUUGGUGGUACUCUCAAUAGCUUCAUUGUGUCAUCCAAACAAGAUAUGAUGACCCUUUCCAGUCUCAUGCGCCGGGUAGGCUGCCCCUGCCCCAUUCUCAUCGGCAGUGAUGACUAUCUUGAUACUUCAGCUCAUGAACCUGAUCCCGAAUUCGACACUGCUUUAAGAAUUCUACAGAUUGAUAACUCAAUGGUUCGAUCACAGCUUAUAAUCCAGCACAGUGUCGAGCAAAUGCUCUUGAUAGAAGAUCUCAUCAAGGCAACAUCCGUUCUUUUCGGGGGACGGCGCCCCACAAACGUCAAACGAUGCUAUUCCCUCGAUGUAACUGAUAGACGCAGAGGCGUCACUUUAUCAUUUAAUCGAACGGGCCUUCCGAGUCAAGCGCCAGUAGCAAUGUACAAUGGCCAACCACGAAUGAAAUCGGACCUGGCUUCCCAAAUAAGCGCACAGCGCGAAGUUUUGGAUGAUUUGAAGCGGCAGCUCGCCGAAUUACAGCAAGAGCUCCAGUCUGCCAUAUCUCGUGCUAAUGACUGUAAAAAGGCUCUUGCUCAGCAUGGGCGCCGACAGCGUGACCUUGUAGUCGAGGUACAGAGAAUGGAUGACGAAGCUGAAGGACUUCGCAAUGCCUUGGACAAGGAUAAUGUUACCGAUGGAACACUUGACACCCUCCGAAUUAUCCUCAAGUCCAACCAGGAAGAACUGGAAACCACACAGGGAACUGUCAAUGAUUGCGUAACAGCCAUGGCCAGCAUGAUGCAAGACUUGAAACAUUUGAGGACAACUCUCAAGGAGAAAACCGACAGGGUCUCGGUUCUUGUGGAGAACUCUCGUGUUGCCGAAAGUGAGCGCCAUCGCGUGGACGGCGAAAAACAUCAAAUCAUCAUUGAGAAAAAUGCGGCCAUAGAGCGCAUCAAAGAACAAAAGGAGGUAAGAAAGAAGAUCGAAGAGAACUGGGCACAAUAUGCAGAACGGGUUUCGGAUUACAACGAAAAGGCCAGCAUGGUUUCUCCGAGAGUUCCAGUCGAUGAAGGUGAAACUCCUACUAGUCUGGAUGAGAAACUCGCGAGAUUGUCCCAGGACUUAGAUCGCUACAGUCAACAGCUGGGUGCAACUCGGGAAGAAAUUGCUGCUGAGGCCACACGUAGAGAGACAGCUUAUGUGCAAGCGAUGACACAGGUUGAUGAAUUGAGAACACUCGCCCAGAUCUUCAAGGACACCCUUAAUAAUCGCAAAAAGAGAUGGGAGAUCUUCAGGUCCCACAUUUCUUCUCGUGCAAAGGCCCAGUUCACCUACCUUUUGAGUGAACGAAGCUUCAGAGGCCGACUACUUACUGACCACAAAGGGAAGUUAUUGGACCUGCAGGUUGAACCAGAUAUCACAAAAGAUGAUAGCACCGGCCGUGGUGCUAAGACUCUUUCUGGUGGUGAAAAGUCUUUCUCUCAAAUUUGCCUACUUCUGGCUCUUUGGGAGGCCAUGGGGUCCCCAAUCCGUUGUCUUGAUGAAUUUGAUGUUUACAUGGACCACAUUAAUCGAAGAAUGUCUAUCGACAUGCUGAUGACUGCAGCUCGACGAUCUAUCGGACGUCAGUUCAUCCUGAUCACCCCUGGAACCAGAACAGAUAUCACCAUUGCUGCAGAUGUUCGAGUGAAGGAAUUAGCGGAGCCUGAACGUGGCCAAAGUACUUUGACGUUCCAGCGGGCAUAG